CGGCCCCCUCCCCGCGCUGCUCCGUCAUCUCCUCGCGCCGGGGCGGCGCGCGGCACGCGGGGAGGAUGGAUGCGGCGGUCGGGCGCGGGGCGGCGGUGCUGCGCGAGGCGGGCGCUCUGCGCUUCGGCGACUUCGUGCUGAAGAGCGGCCUGGCCUCGCCCGUCUACAUCGACCUGCGCGGCCUCGUCUCACGCCCGCUCCUCCUCCGGCAGGUUGCAGAUCUUCUGUUUCAGAGGGCCAAAGAGGCUGGUCUCAAGUAUGACUGCGUGUGCGGCGUUCCUUACACAGCACUGCCCUUGGCCACGAUCGUCUGCUCUGAAAAUCAGGUUCCAAUGCUUAUACGGAGGAAGGAAGCAAAAGACUAUGGUACUAAGCGGCUAGUGGAAGGCACCAUUAAUCCAGGAGAAACAUGCUUGAUCAUUGAAGAUGUAGUAACAAGUGGAUCUAGUGUACUGGAAACUGCGGAAGUUCUUCAGAAAGAAGGAUUAAAAGUCACGGAUGCUAUAGUGCUGUUGGACAGGGAGCAGGGUGGGAAGGCCAGGUUAGAGGAACGUGGAAUUUGCCUGCACUCUGUGUGCACGUUGUCUGGGGUGUUGGAGAUUCUCCAGCAACAGGGAGAAGUGGCCGCUGAGAUGGUUGAGAAGGUGAAGAAAUUCAUUCAAGGAAACGUGUUUGAGCCAGUGGCUCAGAAUGGCCCUGCUCCCAUGAAGAGACCGUGUAAAGAGCUGAGCUUCGGCGCUCGUGCCAAGCUGCCGGGGGUACAUCCUAUUGCAGCCAGGCUUCUCAGGCUCAUGGAAAAGAAGCAAACAAACUUGUGCCUUUCUGCUGAUGUCACCAGCUCCAAAGAGCUGCUGCAGUUAGCUGCCAUCCUGGGCCCCAGCAUUUGUGUCCUGAAGACUCAUAUAGACAUCCUGGAUGAUUUUAGCCAAGAGGUAGUAAAGGAGUUGAGAGUGCUUGCAGAUCGACAUGAAUUCUUGAUUUUUGAAGACAGGAAAUUUGCAGACAUUGGGAACACCGUGAAACAUCAGUAUGAAGGUGGUGUGUUCAAAAUCGCAUCCUGGUCAGACAUGGUUAAUGCCCAUGUGGUUCCAGGACCUGGAGCUGUGAAAGGUCUGAAGGAAGUAGGUCUUCCUCUCCAGCGUGGCUGUCUUCUGAUUGCUGAGAUGAGUUCCCAAGGGUCGCUUGCAACGGGUGAAUACACAAAAGCCGCGGUACAGAUGGCUGAAGACAACUCAGAUUUUGUUUUUGGAUUCAUAUCUGGAUCUAGAGUUAGUAAUAAACUGGAAUUUCUUCACUUAACUCCAGGGGUGCAGCUGCAAGCUGAAGGUGAUAACCUUGGACAGAAGUAUCUAAGCCCCAAGGAAGUUAUUAGUGGAAAAGGUUCAGAUAUCAUUAUUGUGGGACGUGGCAUCUUGUCAGCUUCAGACCGUCUUCAAGAAGCAGAGAAGUACAGGAAGGCAGCUUGGGAGAGCUACCUGAGCAGACUUGGUAUUUGUGCAGAAGACUGAAAGCAGGCCACUUCCAAGUCAGUAAGCAAAGCUGAUGGAGCUGCAGUCAUCGUUAAAUACAUAGACAUUUCAGUCAGUAGGAAACUGCUCCUUUGGAGAACGAUCUGUUACUAACUAAAUUAUUUUUAAUCUCACACACAGAGAUCAAGUUGUACAUGCCAUAGUUGUUUUUUUAAUCUUUGAAUGUAUGAAACCAAAACUUUAUGCCCAGUUUUUAGCCUUAAUAGCUUUUCUCUGGUGAAAAAAUCUUGCUUGAAACACUCCCAGGGUAUUUGGUUGGCUUUUGUUGCUUUUAUUUCUCCUCCUCACCCUCAAAUCCCUUGUGGCUGUGGAAACAGCAUUUUACUGUUCUCAGUAAACUUCACCUGUGGACCUGACUUGCUCCCCCACUCUCACAGGCUUACUCAGUUCUGCUGUUUCCAAGGAGCAAGUAUGGGUCUUAAUGUCACACUGUGAAACUGAAUAAUGUCUUGUUUAAUAAAUACUUCUGCUACUGUUUUCCUUUCA